AACCAAGAGUUACAAAUCAAGUUAACAAAUUAAUCUAUAAUCAGUCACCAUGGCCAGCUCUCAAAUUUUGAAGGUGGCAUUCAUAGCUGUGCUGAUUGUGAGCAUGUUAAUGGGGGGUGGUCGUGUUGGUGCAAAAAUAACAUGCGAACAAGUGACCAUUUGGCUGACACCAUGCAUAGGUUACGGUGUAAUGGGAGGACCUGUUCCGGUGAGUUGCUGCCAAGGAAUUAGAGCACUCAACGCUGCCUCGAACACCACUGAAGAUCGUCAAGCUCAGUGCAACUGUGUUAAAGAAGGAGCUGCAAAGAUCCCUGGACUUGACUACGAUCGUGUUAACACACUUCCUGGGUUUGUUUCACUGUCACUUAGUAUCAACUCAUUCACUUUUACAAGGGCAUGUUUGUUAAUUUUAAUGGGGUUUUAGAAAAUUACAUAGGUGUUUCAAGUUGAUAACUAAUUUUGUGUGGUGGGUUUCAUUGGUGAAUGCAGGGUGAAGUAAGGAUUUGGACUUGAGCAAAGUCAAGUCAAGAGAGAGGAUAAAGCUUUUAUUGGAGUAGUGUAGUAGUAAUUAAAUAAAGCCAAUGUAUGUUUUGGCAUAUACAUAUGAUAGUUCAAUGUAAUGAACUUCUUUAAACAAUAAAAAUAGAUAGCAAAUUUUUUAACUAA